AUGACUAUUCAAAAAAAAAUUAACUCAUUUCCCGACAUCUCGAGAAAAAUUCUUAGAGCAAAUUAUCCAUCAAUAUUAUCGUCAUCAAACAGUAACAACAAAACAAGUCAACAACCUGAUCUUAGACAAUUGAUAGAAGUUUUAUUAGCAACUAAUCUUACCACAGACAACACUUUUGAAAAAGAUUUAUUGGAAUUGCUUUUAUCAGGAUGUCAAACCAUAAAUUGCACCGAUGAACAAUUAACUUCAAAAUUUAGUAAAAUCAUUUUUAAUUUUACUAGUAAACGUAUGAUACAUCUUAAUGAUAAUGAUAGUUUUGGUGUAUAUCCGUUAAAAAUUAUUCUACCAUUUUUGAUCAAAGGAUAUUCACACGCUACACAAUCAUCACAAAUUGUAGAUAUUUUAAGAGCGUUAAGCCAAAUAUUGUACGAAAAUGGAGUUAAUUGUCAAGAGUUUCAUGAACAACUCUUACAAAUCCUUUUACCACUUGCGAAUCAAGAAAAUCCAAAUCUAGAAACUCGCCGUAUGGCAAUUAAUGGAUUAGGAAAUUUAUGUUUCCGUAGUGGCAAUAAAUUAAAAGGAAAAUACAAGAAUAUUUAUCAAAUCCUUUUUACCAACCUAACGUUGGACCGUUAUGAUUUAACGAUGGAUAGUAAUACAGCUUUGCUCAAGAUUAUUAGUAGCACUUUUCGCGCUUUACAAUUUGUUGUAAAUGAAGACAAGAAUGUUUUAUCUGAACCAUUCAAUGAAACAAUUGAUGUGAUUAAAAAAUAUGUUUAUUUUAAUUUUGUGGAAGGAAAAAAUCAAAGAAAAUUUAAUGGUAGAUCAUCAACCAAUAGACAUUCUCGUACUAUAUCAAUUGGUCAUUCAUGGUUAAGUUCUGAUUCUGAGAUUUCUGAUGGAGAAUAUGCAAAUUCUCGUAAAAGGAAUGAGGAUUCACGUAUUAGAUUAAAUGCUUUAGGAUAUCUUCAAAGUAUAGGCAAGGUAAAGUUUAUCACUACAUUAGAACCUUCUUUAAUAAGUUUGGUUGCAUAUGAGCCCAUUCAAACUGUCCGUAUAUCAGCAUGUUCCACCAUCACGGCAAUGAUUGAUGGAUCAAAAAAUUAUUUGUUGGCUGCUGAUGAUAGAGAGUCAAAAUCAUCUUUUACACCGCUUUCCAUUAAAUUAGGUGUAAUUGUACGUGAAAUUCAUUCUGGGUUGCUUCAAAUAAUCUCCACAGAGACUCGACCAAUUGUCCUUGUUCAACUUUUAAAAUGUUGUAAUGUUUUAAUAAAUAACGUUGCAUACGAUAGAUUAUCAUCUGGAUACAUUUCUAGGAUUUAUUAUUCAACAGUAAAAUUUCUAAACCAUGAAGAUCUUGAUCAACCAGCUUCUGUGAGAAUUGAAGGUUGGGGGAUUUUGUGUGCAUUUGCACGCACUCAUUUUUCAAUAAUAAGUCCUUUAUGGAAGAACAUCAAUCAACUUAUAGUUAAAGAUUUAGUUAGUGAAGAUUUAAAUACUAAAACAGCAUCCAUGACAUUUUUGGUUGAAUAUGCUAAGGCAUUAAGUUCUACUGAUGGGAUUAAUAACAAUGUUACAGAGAAAGAAGAAAGAGAAGAAGACAUCGGAAAAGAAGGGAAAGAAUUGUCAGAAAUUAGAACCUUUUGCACUGAAGUUAUGUUAAAAUUUUCUAAAGACGAAAGUUCAAGUGUUAAAGCUGCUGCAUGUAGAUGUCUGGGGGUGCUUGUCAUGUUUCCUUGCUUAAAUCAGGAUUUGAAAUUUAUUUCUGAUAUGGUUACAAUAAUAAUAAGACAUAUAUCAGAUACAAAUUUAAUGGUAAAAAUUAGAAGCAGUUGGGCUUUAGGAAAUUUAUGUGAUACAAUGGUACUAUCAAGGAAAUCAAAUGAUAAAAAUAAUAAUUUAGAUAAUUUUUUAACAAAUGAAAUGUGUAAUAAAAUUGUUAAAGCAGGAUUAAGUGCUACAAAUGACAAGGAAAAGGUGAGAAUAAAUGGAGUAAGAAUAUUAGGUAGCAUUAUUAAUGUUGGAUCAAGUGAGUUUUUGAAAAAAGAGGAGAAUAGUUUGGUAAAAGAAGCAGUUUUAUCAUUGAUUAAAAAUUUUGAAACUGGAUCAUUAAAGAAAUCUAACGAAUGGAGUAAUCAAUUAUAUGAAUCAUUAAUAAGAGUUGUGAUGAAAUCAGAAAAUUUUAAAGUUAGGAUUAAUGCAUGUUUAGCAUUGUCGGUACCAGCAACAAAAGAAAAAUAUGAUAGCGAUGGUGAUGGAAUAGAAGGAAAGAUGUAUAUAAAAAUCUUUGAUGCAAUAGUAAGUUCAUUAGAGAAUAUUGAUAAUUUAGCUGGUACAGGAUUUGGAGAGGUGAAAUAUCAAGAACAAUUAAAAAAUCAGUUAAUUGCAACUUAUCAACAUUUGAUUAGCUUCUCAGAACAAGAUGAUGAUCAAAAAAUAAUCAAUUCAUUUAUUGAAAGAUAUAACAAAUGGUCAAAUGAUAGAAAGAAAGUUAUCAAGGAUAAAAGAAUGUUAAUUGUACCAAUAGAUGGAUUGGAAUGUUUCCUAAAUUAUCGAUGA